AUGAAUCUUACCAACUGUGACCAGCUUUGCGCCUUCACCCGUUGUUUUUUAACAAAAAACACGGAGACUGCGCAAGAAUUGUUGCGCUGUAUGGCUACAUUGUGUGCCAUUAUUUUGCCCAAAGGCAGUGAGAGUCUUGUCAGUCAACUUCGCCAAGAGCUAAGCCCUAAUACUUCUGCAUUGGGUGUGGACGACUACAACAACUGUUCAGGCGGCGAAAAUGUUCCAUAUCGCCUCGAUACUGAGUUCUAUGCCAAGUAUGCCGUUCCGCUGAAUGGAUAUAUCUCUCCUGUUCUAGUCCUACUCACUGUCAUUAAUAACUCCCUUGUCUGUAUCGUUCUACUUAAGCCACAUAUGCGCAGUCCAACCAACGCUAUUUUGGUAGCAAUGGCUUUGUCAGACAUGUUUACUGGUCUAUUUCCCGUUCCUGUGUUUCUCUUUCUAUUCGGCACAGAACGAUUCUACGACUGGAUACCAUAUGAUUGGUGUUUUAUGGUCAAAGCUUCUAUAGACUACAUCCCGACAAUUUUCCAUACGGCAUCUAUAUGGCUGACCAUGGCUCUGGCCAUCCAGAGAUACAUCUACGUCUGCCAUUCUUUUAAGGCGCGUACCUGGUGCACCACUGAAAAUGUUAUCUAUGGUACAGUCGCCAUUUAUUUUUUUGCUACGCUCAGCCAAAUCUUGCGAUUUUUUGAGAGUUCACCGGUAGAAACAAGAAGAAACUCCAUGCUUAACUUCAACAACACCGUCUCUACCUGCAUUUUUGUCUAUAAUCCCUGGGUCCAGCGACACUUGAACCUGUACUACAGCUUGUACUACUGGUUCCGAUCUAUCUUUAUCAACCUGCUCCCCUGUGUGUCGCUAGUCGUCAUGAACGCUCUACUUAUCUACGCCAUGCGAGUGGCACAGAGAAGACGCAUGCAACUGCUGCGACAAAACAAGAAAAGCGAAAGUAGAAAAUUGAAAGAGUCCAACUGCACAACGUUAAUGCUAGUGGCAGUAGUUGGGCUUUUUUUACUAGUUGAGUUCCCACUGGGCCUUUUCAUGGUCAUCCUCAUCUUUCAAGAGACAUUUGGUACGGUUUUAAUUAGAAAAGAUUUGAUUCAGGUCAUAAGCCUAUUCAGUAACUUCUUUAUUCUGCUGAGCUACCCGCUCAACUUUUUUAUCUACUGUGGAAUGAGCAAGCAGUUCCGUGAAACAUUCAAGCGUCUCUUCACUGGAGAAACCAUGCCGAUGGAAAGGGAAUAUUCACAGUACAUGACUUUACCGACAGAAAAUGGAAAGAGUACUGCUGUUACUGGUGACGAAACCGCAUUAUGAC